CUUUAAUUUAAUUUUGUAGACCAAUCCAUGUAUUUAUAUGGUGUUCUACUACUCUGUGCGUCCUCUUUUCUUGUUGGCCACAAUGGUACGCAAGAAGGCAUAGUUGUAUCUAGAGAAGAAGAGCUGGACUUGGAAAAGCAACUUGAGCUUCUCAACAAGCCUGCAGUCACAACUAUACAUACUAACUAUGGAGAUAUAAUCGAUUGCGUGGAUUUCUACAAACAACCAGCAUUUGAUCAUCCCUUGCUGAAGAACCACACUUUCUCUUAUGAGAUGAGACCUACUUCAUUACCUAGAAGAGUAAAAGAUCAAGUUUCGCCAAAAUUUGCCAAACCCGUGACAAGAGGGCUAAAGGGAGGAGGUUGCCCUAUUGGGACAGUUCCUAUUAGGAGAAUCACCGAAGAAGAUCUCAUCAGAGAGAGACUCCGUUCAAAAAUAAAGUCAUUUGAAGAUAACUCUCUGGGUACUCAUUAUGCCGUACUUCGAACAAUGGCUAAUUCAAACAAGAAGUUUGUUGGAGCUGGAGCACAAAUUAGUACACACAAUCCACAUGUUGAUGGUCGACAAUAUAGUGCAGCAAGAGUGAAGAUCCGAAAUGGGCCUGACAGUUUAGAAACCGGGUGGAGGUACCCACAUGAUGAACAAGAAGUUGCUUUGAUAAGACUUUUUCACGAACAAAAUGGUAGUCAAUCUCAACAUGCUUUGUUCUUGCAUGAGAGACAAGAUUGGUAG